AUGAAUGAGGCGGGCCCCCAGCGGCCGCCCCGGGCGGUGCAGGCUGAUGAAAUCCCGCUCCCGCCUUGCGUGGUAAAUGAUGCAGUUGUGAUUUCUGGAAGGAAGCUGGCCCGGCAGAUCAGACAGGAAGCCCGUCACGAGGUUGAGCAGUGGGUAGCGGCUGGAAACAAGAGACCUCACCUCAGCGUUGUUCUUGUCGGUGAAAAUCCAGCGAGUCACUCCUACGUACUGAACAAAACCAAAGCGGCGGCUGAUGUCGGAAUCAGCAGUGAAACCAUCCUCAGGCCGGCUUCGAUUACGGAAGAGGAGCUGCUGGAUUUGAUCAGCAAACUCAAUAAUGAUGCCAAUGUGGAUGGCCUGUUGGUACAGCUUCCUUUACCCGAACACAUUGAUGAGCGCAAGAUUUGCAAUGCUGUGACUCCAGACAAAGAUGUGGACGGCUUUCACGUGAUAAAUGUGGGACGCAUGUGCCUUGACCAGUACUCCAUGCUGCCAGCUACCCCCUGGGGGGUGUGGGAGAUCAUUAAGAGAACUGGCAUCCCAACACUGGGGAAGAACGUGGUGGUGGCUGGCAGGUCGAAGAACGUGGGCAUGCCCAUAGCCAUGCUGCUGCACACGGACGGCAGGCACGAGCGCCCGGGAGGCGAUGCCACAGUCACAAUAUCCCACCGCUACACUCCCAAGGAGCAGCUGAAGCAACACACAAUCCGUGCUGAUAUUGUGGUGGCAGCAGCGGGCAUCCCCAACCUGAUCACAGCCGACAUGAUCAAGGAAGGAGCCGUGGUUAUCGACGUGGGGAUAACGCGGGUGCAGGAUCCUGUCACUGCCAAGUCAAGGCUGGUUGGGGAUGUGGAUUUUGAAGGGGUGAAGAAGAAAGCCAGCUACAUCACCCCGGUGCCGGGGGGAGUUGGGCCCAUGACAGUGGCCAUGCUGAUGAAGAACACCAUCAUCGCUGCCAAGAAGCUCUUGAAACCCAAGGAGCGGGAAGCGUUGAGUGCUUAACGUGGGACUCCUGAGCACUGAAACCAACAUUCCAAACUGACUCCCAAACAGGCCGAUAGAAAAUGCAAUAUUUUUAUUUAUUGUGUGGGAAGUGGAAUUUCCUGUUCUGAGGUCACAGAUAUUUAUUGGAAGCUGAAGCGUAUGCACAUUAGUGGUGCUAAGGUGUGAGAUCUACUCCUGGCCUAGUCAUGCUAGCGAAGCUGCUUGGGUUAAGCUAGCUCUUCUAGGAAGCCGGCCCUGCCGGAGCCGGGGCCCGGGGGGUGGCGUUGGCAGUCCCGUGGCAGGUAGAGCUGCUCCCCGGUGCACAAGCAGUGGCCUUCAUGGUUCCGUUCUCACGAACGCUCAGGCUGCCUGCGUUCGACUCGCGCUGAAGUUGUCUACUCGAUGCUGGAUGUUUAGUUUGAGUUAAGCUCUUCUGUAGAAGAAAUUACUUGAAGAAAAAAAAAAAGCCAUGUGCCUGUUCUCAGCCUGUGUGGGGCAGUGGCAGAUCUGUUGUAACAUGUUUUAGUGUGCAGCUAAGCUGUGGUUUUUGCUAUUUGUAUGGUGAGUUGUUUUUUUAAAAGCCUUUCUUUUUUUUUUUCUAACCAAAGAACAAUGGGGUGGGGGCUGUUGGUAUCUACAUUGGGCACACAGCAGGUUUACUGGACUCUAGUGUAAAGUGUGCAAGUACUUAGUGAAUAACGCAGGCUAACUCUAAAUAAAGUAUGAGAAG